GCGGCUUCAGGACCGGUGUCGCAUUCAGGCAGGACCAGAAUCAUACGACUCGACAAGGCAGCCAGAUUUACAAAGUCGACGGUUCCGUGAAUUAUUAAAUGUACGGUGAAGAGCAGUACGUCAAAUUACCAGCAGCUCAUAUUCGGUGUCCAUGCACUUCUCAUACGGCGGCAGCAGCAGCAGCAGCAGCCUCCUCCUCGAGUGUCCUGCACAUUUGGGGCGUAAAAGUAAUAAUGGUUUUCCGAAGUGGAUCGAGGGCCAAUUGGUGGUGACAUGGCAUCCUGCCUGCUUCUUCGGCACCCGAGUGACAGCUGACGAAGAAAGCGCACAGUGCGGAUGAGCAUCGGGUCUUCCGCUUCCCAUUGUCGACACCUCGUCGAUGUGCAUUGUGCUGAUUGUGCACAAAGACAUGACAGCUCGAGGCUCUUUCGGAAUAUGCGCGCUCUCUCUCUCCCAAGGGCAGCGGCAGUGAACCGGCCAGUCCACUUGUCGCCUUUGCCACACGAGAGGGAGGGAGCGGCAAUUUAAAAUACACUAGGUGGCAAAAACACCCAUUGCUGCGAAGAUUUCCAGCGAUUGCUGGAAUCCGAAUUUUACGGUAUUAUAGAUUCCACGUGUAUUUUCACGCCUUUUUACUCAUCGAGGCCUAAGAAGAUUCCUCUAUGUGGCAGCGGCCUCAAAUCAUGUUUUAGCUCGAGACUCACGGACAAGUAGCUCACGCCAGCUGUUCCUUUGAGGACCAAUUGGUCCUGGGAUUUCAGCCAGUUUCAGCUGCUGUUGGGUACAAGAGCUUCGUUCGAGGACUGAGCUUGUCAUUCUGGAUCUGUGCAUCGAAGUGCUCCAGAACUCAAAACUCGCUCGAAGCAGCUUCUUCGAGGAUUUGAAAGAGGUUCGUUGCAUCGUCUGGAACGAGCAAGAUGGGCCCAGCAAGAAAAUUAGCAACAGGGCGUCCGAGGGUGUUCUAUGGGGGAGCGUACCGUGGGAGAGGCAACUGGCAACUGUAUCUGGUGAUUGCUUUUGGUUUGUGUGGGACAGCAUGUCUGACCUCCAUUUUGGCGAAAAUGCGGCGAGGCAAUAUGGAGAACAAGAGGACUUUAGUCAAAUGGUCCGUCUUUUUCGCCGUGGCGACACUCUGCUUUUGCCUUCCCGCCAUCGUUGUUCUCUGCGGGAGCCCGUCGAAUACUGUGGGAAUCAUUGCCAUCGUUAGUCUCUGCUUUCUGCUUUUGCCGAUGGUCGUGUGGAUUGUCAUGGCUCUGAGGAGGGCUCGUCGUAUACACGAGAAGAAUUUCGGGGUGGUCGAACCAGAACCGAGUGAUGAUGCGCAUGCAGCACCCGCCGGUACCAAAUUUGACAACAAUCAGUAUCCAUCUUUCGUGCCGCAAGCCAGCAACCCUUCGACGGUCGACGUCGAUGGCAAAUCCCACGUCUCAGGCCACACGAAACCCUACGGCUACGGUUGAAGUGGUUUUUCGAGAACCUCUGGGGCUUAACCACGAAGAAAAUCAUCGUUUCUCUUUGUUUGUGCCAGCCGCGAGCGUCAGAGCCAGAGUUUUCACUUCGUUGCGAGGAGAAUUUUCGACAGGUCUCUCUCACAUCGUCGUCCGAUCGAGCCGAUCUUUCUUUCUCAGCCACCAUCACCAAUUUCUGCCCGACCAGGAGCUUGUGGAAAAUUCUCCUCACUUCGGUCGGUCAGAAGAGAAGGAAACGACAGAAGCGGAGCUUUUGAGGCCUGGCUGGCUUCCUUAUUUAUUACUGGGACUCGUCUCACGGAAAAAUUGCAUUUGCCAAGAGAUCUUUCAUUCUUGAUGGGCAGGUUGCUGGGAGAUGCUAAUGCUCUCAGAUUACCGUAGGCAGUCCUUCAGUUACAACAUCCUCGUGUCUGGAUAAAUGUUUCAUCGGCAGAUGAAGAUAGAAAGAGUCGAUGCGUGCCUUUUGGUGAUCGAGACAAGACAGAGACUCAGCUUUUCCAUGUACAUAUGAAUCUGAAGCUCUCUCUCCCGAUCGUCACUCCGGAUUUUACAGAUCGCCUCUGAGAGCGAGCUCACAGACGACUCUAAUUACACGUAGAGCUGAGACCCAAACUUGGCUGCUUAGCUUUGCUUGUUCCGAAACGAUAGUUCUGUCACCACCAAGUAUAUAUGUCGAGAAGAGGGCGGCGGCUCUUGCAAUUAACUAAAAAUGAUUAUAGAGCUUGCAGAUCCCAAUAUUUGAGUAGAAGUGAAAUUUUUUGGAGUCAACUUAGGUCUUGAUUUAAUUAGACAAGUUUAAGACAGUGAAUUAGUCUAGAUAGUGUGACAUUAUAUAAGCAAAGCUGAUCUAAACUCCAAGCAACACAAAAAUUUGUGUUUUUGAAUAAACUUGUGCUACUGCCC